AUCCGAAAGUGGACCCUUUCGUAUCUGUACCUAUUUCUGAACGAGAAGAUGUCCGAAGUAUUGGGACCGCCUCUGGUGAUUCUCAACGGUUGGUGGUUCAUACUCAGAACGGGUGGGCCGUUCCUGAACUUGCUCCAGAGUGGUGCAGACAAAUGACAAUUGAUAACAUCAAGAAAUGACAACGAUGACAACUAGCCCAACAGCUGCUUUCCCUUUUUUAUUUUUAUUAUUUUGUUCUAGAAAGCUAGAGAAGCAUAAUAAACCAAAAAAUUCAACACUCAAUCAAUAAUAGUGGAACUUGAGGAGAUCCAUUUACAUUAUAAUGUCUGGAGAAGCGGCCAAGCCCACACUUCCAGUCAAACACGACUGGUACCAAACGGAUGCAACAGUAGUAAUAACCAUCCUCGUGAAAAACGUAAAAGAAGACCAAUUUAAAGCAUCUUUCUCCGAUAGUACUGUAAAAGUUAACAUAAAUGUCCCAGAUUAUGAAGAAUGCUUCCAGUGCUUCAAUUUAUCCCAUAAAAUUGUGCCUGAACAAUGUACUUACAAACUGGCACCUUCAAAGAUCGAAAUUAAAUUGAAAAAAACAGAAGGCUUAAGAUGGAAUCAGCUAGAAGGCCAAAUAGUAGAGGACAAUAUUAAAGCUAUACCACAAACAUCCAAUACUCAGAAUGAUCACCCACCAUCCUAUCCUACUUCAAAAAAAGGGAAAGAUUGGAGUAAAGUUGAAAGAGAGAUCAAAAAAGAAGAAGAACAAGAAACACCUGAAGGCGAAGCAGCUAUGAAUAAGUUAUUCCAGGACAUUUACAGCAAAGGGUCUGAUGAAGUUAAAAUGGCUAUGAACAAGAGUUUUAUGGAAAGUGGGGGAACAGUGCUAAGCACCAAUUGGAAUGAAGUGUCCCAGAAAAAAGUGACUGUAAAGCCUCCAGAUGGUUUGGAAUACAAAAAAUGGGAUAGUUAAACACUCGGUUGAAUAUUAAAUUGCUCUGUUUUUAACAAUUUCUUUUCCGCUUAUAUAAUAUUCAAUAAUUUACUUUAUCGCAUUUUUGAGAGUACCCAAUGUGAUAUUGCUUCCAAAAUUGAGUGGUAAAGUGCUAUUUAAUCUGUAUGGCAACACUUUACAACAUAACAUCGUUACCAGUUCUCUUCAAUUUUUACCCUAAUAAUUUUUAGUGGUUCAUAGAUACAUCAUCCAGAUAAAAAAAAAACGUGUGUCAUUAGUUCACAAUGAACGUAAAUAAUGUUG